UAAUUCACUGGCAUGUUCCACAGCAGAAGCACCCCCUCUCUGCCUUCCCCCAGUUCCAACUGUUGUGCUGCAGCAGAUUUGAUCUGAGUCUCGGCAGAGCCCUUUUUUUAUGGAGCAACCCUCCCGAUUCGUUACAGCCAGAGUCUGGUGCAAGUGAUCCUUGCCUUCUCAUCGCACACAAAGGCAAAGCGCUCCUUAAAGGGACCUGCCUGUUCCUCUGUGCAGCUGCAAACCCGUGUCGGUGCGGGAUCAGCAACCCGUUCUCAGCUCGAGAAUGAGUGGGGAGGGGUCUUGAGGAGCCCCCACGUCCUCCCGGAGCGGAGGCGGGAGGGAGCUGACAGUCGGAGUGGAUGGAGACUACCAGUCAGCGGGGACCCGCUUGCAAUUAGCCAUUUCUUGGGAUGCUCCGUGCGCCAGCUGAGCAUCCUGCCUGUGGUCCAGGGGAUACUGGCAGCGCAUCUUGCGGUAAGCCUGCGCUGAUUUGAGCCAUCGCCCAGAAGCGAGCCCGCAUUCAGACACCGCGGACCGGCUCCGCUCAGGGCUGCGCGCAGUCACCAUGAAUGCUCAGCUAUAGGCUUCUGCAGAAACCUCCCUACCACAUGGAUUUGGCAGUUUAAUCAGCCGAGAUUACAGCCCGGGAAGAUUUGCAAGCCUGGUUCUCCUUCCAGCUGCUGUGACAACUUCGGGGCCGUCUGUUUACUUCUCUGGGUCCCCGGGACUCUUUCUGCACCGCAGCCCCUUGUGCCACUUUGUGGGCUCGGUUCGGAAGUCAGCCGCCAAGACUCCUUUGAUUGCAUCCCAAAGGGGGAGCAAGGAGGGGUUAAAAGACAAGCAGAAAUCCCCCCAACCGCUCAACCUCUAGUGACUGCCUGUGUUCUGGGGUUCUGAGAGGGACCGUGCGCUGCCCAGGGAAGCAAUGCAAGUCUCCAUAGCCUGCACAGAACACAAUUUGAAGAGUCGGAAUGGUGAGGACCGACUUCUGAGCAAGCAGAGCUCCACCGCCCCCAAUGUGGUGAACGCAGCCCGGGCCAAAUUCCGCACGGUCGCUAUCAUCGCGCGCAGCCUGGGGACGUUCACGCCUCAGCAUCACAUUUCUCUCAAAGAGUCCACCGCAAAGCAGACUGGCAUGAAAUAUAGGAAUCUUGGAAAAUCAGGACUCAGAGUUUCUUGCUUGGGUCUUGGAACAUGGGUGACAUUUGGAGGUCAAAUUUCAGAUGAGGUUGCAGAAAGGCUGAUGACAAUCGCCUAUGAAAGUGGUGUUAACCUCUUUGAUACUGCUGAAGUCUAUGCUGCUGGAAAGGCUGAAGUGAUUCUGGGGAGCAUCAUCAAGAAGAAAGGCUGGAGGAGAUCCAGUCUGGUCAUAACAACCAAACUCUACUGGGGUGGAAAAGCUGAAACAGAAAGAGGGCUGUCAAGAAAGCAUAUUAUUGAAGGAUUGAAGGGCUCCCUCCAGAGGCUGCAGCUGGAGUAUGUGGAUGUCGUCUUUGCAAAUCGACCAGACAGCAAUACUCCCAUGGAAGAAAUUGUUCGAGCCAUGACACAUGUGAUAAACCAAGGCAUGGCGAUGUACUGGGGCACCUCGAGGUGGAGUGCUAUGGAGAUCAUGGAAGCCUAUUCUGUGGCAAGACAAUUCAACAUGAUCCCACCAGUCUGUGAACAAGCUGAGUACCAUCUUUUCCAGAGAGAGAAAGUGGAGGUCCAGCUGCCAGAACUCUACCACAAAAUAGGGGUUGGCGCAAUGACAUGGUCUCCACUUGCCUGUGGAAUCAUCUCAGGAAAAUACGGAAAUGGGGUGCCUGAAAGUUCCAGGGCUUCACUGAAGUGCUACCAGUGGUUGAAAGAAAGAAUUAUAAGUGAAGAAGGGAGAAAACAGCAAAACAAGCUAAAGGACCUUUCCCCAAUUGCAGAGCGUCUGGGAUGUACACUACCUCAGCUAGCUGUUGCGUGGUGCCUAAGAAAUGAAGGUGUGAGUUCUGUGCUCCUGGGAUCAUCCACUCCUGAACAACUCAUUGAAAACCUUGGUGCCAUUCAGGUUCUCCCAAAGAUGACAUCACAUGUGGUAAACGAGAUUGAUAACAUAUUGCGCAACAAGCCCUACAGCAAAAAGGACUAUAGAUCAUAAGGCAAUGCAUGAAUCACAGAAGCUGCAUGGUUAAAAUAGCGGCCUGUGCCCAGUUCAGAAAGAUGUUAUUAACCAGUCUUUUGAAUCACUUAGCAGCUUGCUGCUCAACCUCUAGUGACCCUCCCUGGAUUCUUUGAGGUGUCUGCUGUCGCUACCACUGUGCACAUCUGAAAACUCACAACCAGGAAAAUCCAUUCUAUUUUCUUAUCUUGAACUGGAGUCACCUAUUCUUGCAUUGCUCUAUACACUUCAGGCUUAUGCAAUGGAAAGAAUAUGGGGCUGGGAGGUGAUGUAUUACCUUCAGGCAUUUGGUAACUCAAAGAAGGCUGUACAGAUAUAUUUUUUCAAAAGAACAAAAUCAACAGAUGCAAUGUGAGUUGCAUAAGAAACAGAGUAGACUAUCUUCACUCAAAUCCUUGCUUGGAAGAAUAAGCAGAAACAAUUUUAUUUUUCCUAUUUUCACAUUCAUAUUAACAAGUUUUGUUCCAUUUGUCAUACAACAAAACAAAAAUUUCUAGGUAUUUGCUUUAUUACCUUUCAAAUAUUUACUGUGCUUGGCCCCAAGAAUGGCCUUGUACAACUUAUCCAGAAUGUCUAUUAGGAUUUUAAUGUUAUGUCCACUUACAAGUAGAGACAGUAAAAGGAUGAACACCCCAAUCUUUAGGGACACUACAGCUGAUUUAUAAAAGAGAGGGUAACACUGCUGUGGAAACUUAGCUUUGAAGAAAAUGCAGUGUAUCUGCAAUUAGGUGUUCACUUUUUAUGUUUUAUUAAAACCUGCUUUAUAUUUUCAACUGCUUAUAGGCACAACUUCUGCAAGUUUAAAUAUCUGAGCUUUAAAAGUAAACAUACACAUGGCUCAGUUUUGAAGUAAACCUGUAAAAUACCCAGAAAGACAAAUGUUCACUGUUUGUUUAAUUCGCACUGGGAUUUUACAAUAUAAUAUUUGGUAUUUUUAAGGUGAUGUUAACAUGAAAGUCAAUCACUGGCUUUGUGAAAAAUGCCAUCACUAUUCAGAAUAUGCUGGGUAAAUUAACUUGCCUAUGAAAAGAAAAACAUUAAAGAACUUCUAGUUCUAUAAUAAUAUUAUAUGCACUAAACUAUAUGCAUGAAAGUUCUCUGCAUGGAUUAAUGGGGCUUACCCUUGUUACACUCAAAAUCUGAGGUAUACCUAGCCUUGCCACUAUUGGCUACUUACCCUCAUUAAUGUCCCACUUGAGAAAAACUGUGAGAAUAUACUGUGUUGGUAUCUGUAAAAAGAGAGAAAAACAUGUUUUUUUUUUUUGAAGGGGGUGGUGUGGGAGUGGCCCUUUAACUCUAUUUGGAUAUCUGAGGAUGUACAAAAUUCUAAUUUUCUGAUGAGCAAGUUUUCCAUACAGAAGUCACUUUGAGGUUUACAGAAGAAAUAUAACAUCAUUUAAAAAUGCUAUUUUCUGUCAUUAUUUCUAUAUAUGUACUUCAUGGUUAAGUUCUAAAUCUGAAAAUGUUAGUGGGAGAUAUCAAGAAAUUUUUUUUGAUUACUAGUACCUGUAUUCUAAUAGAGAGUUUGAAUUUUCUGCCCGAGUAUCAGAAUAAUGAUGGAAAUUAAUGAAUUUUUUUAGUUGUUCAUUGUGUAUUCAAUCCAGUGAACUACUGUAUGUGUAAAGGAGCUGAGGUGCUAAUGGGAAAUGUGAUUUGUUUGCUUAGAGUAAUAAAAGCAUUCUGUGCAUUCAAUCUCAUAA